GUGGCUAUAAGAUAUGGUGGCCACUCUGCCUCUAAAGCCUCAGUGCGUCCAAUUGACUGCUUGCUCAAGCGUUCAGCAGUGCAUCAAAUUAAUUGCUUCUGCUUCUGCUCAGGCCAACUUUAUCCACGAUGACAUCGAAAGCGCAAUCGGCGAUAGCAAAGGAGGGAAAGCAAAGCAGCGACUUGAAACACUCAGGAUGAUUUCCAGAUCAGAGAGUGCCAUUCCUCCACCUCCCAGAGCCCCAGCUCCUGUCCCCCCAGCAACUGUUACACAGGUGGAUGUCCGCAGCCGGGUGGCGGCUUGGUCUGCGUGGGCAGCUGAACAGGGAGAUUGUGAAAAACCAAAGCAAUACCAUGAGCAUGAAGAAUCAGCUGAAAUGAUGGCAGCCAAGAUUGACCGAGAUGUUCAAAUCCUGAAUCACAUUCUGGAUGACAUUGAAUAUUUUGUCACCAAGCUUCAAAAAGCAGCAGAAGCUUUUACGGAACUCUCAAAGCGGAAGAAAAGCAAGAAAAAUAAGAAGAAAGGACCAGGUGAGGGGGUCUUAACUCUCCGUGCAAAGCCUCCAUCUCCAGAUGAAUUUGUGGACUGUUUGCAAAAAUUUAAGCAUGGUUUCAACCUUUUGGCUAAAUUAAAGUCACACAUCCAGAAUCCCAGUGCACCUGAACUGAUUCACUUUCUGUUUACCCCUCUAAAUAUG